AUGUCCCUGCCGAGCCCUGCAUGGCCCCAGCGAGACGAGCCUCCCCCCUGCGGCACUGCCACCAGCCUCCCGCCAGCCUCCUCCGACAGCGACUCCGGCUGUGCCCUGGAAGAGUACCUGGAGCCCCCCGCGGACCCCACUCCCCCUGAGGUCCCGGUGAGCUUCGGCACCCGCUCGCCGCAGCCUGCCUCUCCCGCCGACAGGAACCGGCUCCGCGACAGAGCCCUCCUGCAGCAGCUGCCUCCUCAGGACUGCGAUGAGCGGUAUUGCCCCGACCUCGUGGAGGAGGAGAGGAGGCAGCUACGAGCAUUCAGUGCCCGACGGAGACGGGAGGCCCUGGGGCAGGGGCUGGCAUGUCCUGUGCCAGGUCCCUGCCAUGGCUGUCCCUGCAAGAAGUGCGGCAGGAGGCUGAACAAAGGGGACCCGGGGAUUUCGGCAUCCCGGCUGGGGGACCAGUUCUGGCACCCGUCCUGUUUCUCCUGCCACUUCUGCCACCAGCCGCUGGUGGACCUCAUCUACUUCCAGCAGGACGGGAGGAUCUACUGCGGCCGGCACCACGCCGAGCUCUUCCGACCCCGCUGUGCCUCCUGCGACCAGCUGAUCUUCAUGGAGGAGUGCAUCGAGGCGGAGGGCCGGCGCUGGCACCUGGAGCACUUCUGCUGCCUGGAGUGCGACGUGCCCCUGCGCGGGCAGCGCUACGUGAUGAAGAGCGGCCGACCCUGCUGCUGCGGCUGCUUCGAGAGCCUCUUUGCCGAGCCGUGCCAGGCCUGCGGGGACCCCAUCGGUGCCGACAGCGAGGAGGCCACCCACCAAGGGCUGCACUGGCAUGCCCGAGCCGCCUGCUUCUGCUGCAGCCUCUGCCGAAAGCCACUGCACGGGCAGCCCCUCACCUCCCGCCACGGCCGGCUCUUCUGCUCCGAGACCUGCAGCCUGGGACAGGACACAUCCUCCACCGCCUCCGACUCCUCCGACUCGGCUUUCGCCUCAGCCCCAUCCCCUGACUCGACACCCCUCUCCCGAGCCGGCCCCGGCGGCAGGACCGCGCCGGGGACGGGCAGCACCUCGGCGGCCGGAGGCUGCACACAGCGGGUGGAAGGGGCUGAGGCAUUUCUGGAUCAAGCCUCCGUGCAUCCAGCAUUCAGGAGCCUGGAGGACUGUGGAGCACCUGCUAAGGAGCGGAGCAGGGAUGCUGCGUAUGCAGGGAUGCUGGGACCACCAGCCGGACACCCUUCGGACCCCCAGCCCAGCACAGAGGGUCCCAAUGGGCCUGGAGCCCCCAACCACCCAGUUUUGGGGGGCCCUGACCCCCGAACACCUGCAGGCCAUGGAAACCCACACUUCCGAGCGGGCACAUCUCCUGCCCGACACAGCCCACAGCCGGAGGACAUCGACCUGCAGGACAUCACGGAGGAGGAUGACUCCUGGUGUCCCACCUGCUCUUCAUCUUCGGACUCGGACUCGGAGGAAGAGGGUUUCUUCUUCGGGAAGCCCAUCCCCAAGCCCGGGAUGAGCUCCCUAGGCAGGGAGCCCCUGGGGAGGGCCGGGAGCAGGACGGCAAAGCCACGGGGCAGCAGCAAGCACUGCAGCGUGUCCUAG